AUAGUGAUGUUUGGAAAGAGUGAAGACAAGAAAACAACUUUGGGAAACAUCUUAACAGGAAAAAGGGACUUUACCACUUCACUAUUUAGUACUUCUAGAAUAAUUUCUUCCAAACACUGUGAUGUUGUCAAAGGUUCAUGGAACAGUAAACCAGUAACAGUAGUGAGGACUUCAGACUUAUCCAGUUUAUCUGUAGAAAGUCUGAGAAAAGAGAUCCAGAAAUGUGUGGAGUUGUGUUCUCCUGGACCAAAUGUUCUGCUGCUGUUGGUGAAGCCUUCAGAUUUUACUGAAGAGGACAGAAAAACACUGAAGUUCAUCCUGAGUUUGUUUCUGCCAGAUGCCUUCAAACAUUCAAUGAUUAUCCUGACACAUGAUGAGAAGCCCAAUAAUAAAGCAGUGGAAAGACUGAUCACUGACUGCAAGCAAAGGAAAGUCAGAGUCAAUCUUGACAGAAAUGAAAUCUCAUCAGAUGACCUGAAGAAGAUGACAGAAGAAAUGGAAAAGCUUGUUUGUGACAAUAAGGCAGAAUAUCUAACACUGAAUAAAGAAAACGACUCAAUGCCAGUGUUGAACAGACCCACACCUUCACUGAACCUGGUUCUGUUUGGUAGAAGAGGAGCAGGGAAGACCUCAGCUGUUAAUGCCAUCUUAGGAAAAGAAAGAUUUAGACCAAAGGCCAACUCAUCAGAGUGUGUUAGAAACCAGGGAGAGGUUAGCGGACGUUGGGUGUCUCUGGUGGAGCUGCCUGCCUUGUGUGGAAAAGCUCAGCAGGAAGUGAUGGAGGAAUCAUUCAGGUGUAUCUCCCUCUGUGAACCUGAGGGUGUCCACGCAUUCAUCCUGGUCCUACCUGUGGGUCACCUCACUGAUGAAGACAAGGGAGAGUUACAGACCAUCCAGGACACAUUCAGCUCUAGAGUCAAUGACUUCACCAUGAUCCUGUUCACUGUGGACUCAGAUCCUACAGAUGGAGAUGUUAAGUUCAUAGAGAAUGAUAGAAACAUCCAGGAGCUCCUUCAGAGCUGUGGAGGAAGAUAUGUUGUUCUCAACAUCAAGGAGAGGAAGCAGAUCCCAGAACUCUUGAAAAAAGUGGAGAAGAGUAUUUCUGAGAGGGGGAUUCGUUCCUGCUACACAAUUAACACAUUAAUACAUGGACAAAGGCAGUUAAAACUAUUUAUAAAAAAGUGUCAUGAUUUUACUAAGGUUCAGACCGAAAUGCAGAAGACCAAACAGGGAGAUCAGGGAAAAGGUUUAACAGAUAUUGAGGAGAAAAAGAGCCCAGAAUGUCUCAGGAUUGUUCUGAUUGGGAAAACUGGUUGUGGGAAGAGCUCAUCAGGAAACACCAUUCUUGGAAGAAAUGAAUUCAGAUCUGUACCACUUCAACAGUCAGUCACAAAGUACUGUCAGAAAGCCCAAAGUGAGGUGGAUGGUUGUCCUGUUACUGUUGUUGACACUCCUGGUCUGUUUGAUGACACUUUGUCUCAUGAAGAAGUCAUUGAAGAGCUGGGGAAAUGUAUGAGUCUUCUGGCUCCAGGUCCACAUGUCUUCCUGCUGGUGUUAGAGAUUGGUAGAUUCACACCAGAGGAGAUGGAGACAUUAAAACUUAUUAAGAAAGUUUUUGGAAAAGAUUCUGAGAAGUUCACCAUCAUCCUUUUUACUGGAGGAGACAAACUGGAAAAUAGCAAAAUAACAGUCAGUGAGUACAUUGCAAGUUGCAAGGAUUCCUGUAAGAAGCUGAUUACUGACUGUGGAGAAAGAUACCAUGUGUUUAACAACCGCAAACAACAGAACCGCUCACAAGUCAGUGAGCUCAUCAGAAAGAUCAACACCAUGGUAAAAGAAAAUGGAGGAAACUACUACACCAAUGAGAUGCUGCAGGAAGCUGAAGCUGCCAUUAGGAAAGAAAUAGACAGAAUACUAAAGGAAAAGGAAGAGGAAAUGAAAAAAAUAAAAGAGGAGCUGAAAAGAAAACACAAGGAAGAAAAAGAAGAAAUGGAAAAACAAAUUGAGAAACAGAGAGCAGACAUGGAAAAAGAAAGAAAACUGAAAACUGAACAACUUAAAGAGAUGGAAGAAAACAUUAACAGAGAACGAGAGCAAAGAGAGGAGGAGAAAAAACAACAACAUGAGUGGGAGCAAACACAGAAAAAAUUGGAGGACAAAAUCAAAUCAGAAUCAAAGGAUAAAGAGACUAUCAGCAUGAAACUGGAAGAGAUGACUGAUAAAAAUCGACAGAAAAAGGAGGAGAAGGAGAGAAAACAAAGAGAGAAACAACUCAGAGAAAUGGAAGAAAAUAUUGAGAUGGAGAGAGACCAGAGAAAGAGAGAACGGGAAAAAAGGGAGAAAGAAGACAAAGAAAGAAAAGAAGAGGAGGAACGACAACGACAGGAGUGGAUGAAAAAACAAAAUGAUUUAGAGAAAAGAAUCCGAUCCGAGUCAGAAGAAAAGGAGAAAAUUAACAAGAAACUAGAGCAGAGCAGAAAAGAGAUGGAAGAAAAACGAGAAGAAUGGGAGAAGGAAAGAAAAGGGUGUACAUAUGAGGAAGAGGCCAGAAAAAAAGCUGAAGAGUUCAAUGAGUUUCAAGAGAAAUGCAAGAAAGAACUGAUUAAGAAAUAUGAGGAAGAAUUAAAAGCUAUGAAGGAUAAGCACAUGGAAGAAAUGGAAAAAAGGAAGAUGAAGCUGAAAGAUACAGAAAAAGAGAAGAAAAUAUUAGAUGACAUAAGGAGAGAACAAGAAAAAGAACUGCAUGAUUUAAACCAGAAAUUUGUUGGGGUGAGGAGCCCCUGGGGCCUUGGAUCCCUGGGGCUCAGGGCUAGAUUCACUUCCGGGUGGCUGGCUGCCGGCGGGGCCCGCAGACUCGUCCCCGCGGCUCCCGGGUGCUCCGGCAUUGCGGUGGCUGGGGGACACCGCAAUGCCUGCCACUCUGG